AUGUUGCCGACAUUGGCAGUGGGUGCUGGCAUAUCUACUGCCCCACCUCGCGGCUUCAUUGAAGCCAACAUUGGCUACUUGGGCACUGACCAGCCGCUACCACACUCUGUGCCUGUGGAUGCAUACAGUACGCAUCGCUGGAGCGAGACCCUGGAACAGAUUGGCCGUAGCCUAGAGCAUGGUACUUGUCAAGUUGGUCGAUUGGAAAGUGUGCUUUUUUUGGUGAGGGAUGGUCCUCCGCCACUGACUUCGCCGACUUCGGAUUCGGAGCAUCGUCCUGGAGAUCCUCCUGCUGCAGAAGAGCCUCCUGCUGAAGAGACACCAGAGCCGGAGCCCACUUUGAAUGCGGCCGAGAACCAUCGCUUGGACCAGAAAUUGUGGUUGUUGACCCAGGAAGUGGCCAAAGAGUUGGAGGCCAAAGGACACCCAAGACCAUUUCAGUAUGCUCAGUCCAUCAUCUCCUUGCGCUCGGUUCUCCUCCGCCGCCCCGAGCCAGAGCAAGAGCAAGAGGCCAAUU